GGUUCGAAUCUUGGCAGCCUGUAUUACUUUGAACCUGCCCUAUACUAAGGCGUGUAUGAAGAAUUCUCUCUUUUUCUCGGAAAGCGAAACUAAAAGAUUGUAUUUAUCGAACUUUAUUAGACAAACAUUACCUAUGAUAAAUUGGGAAUUUCCACGACAAGAUCUAUAAGACAUAUAAAUAUGCUGCACUGUAGACGAGACUCUCAUGAGCUAGAAGAAAAUAACUUGGAACAAUGUUUAACAGGCUGUUGCAUUUCUUUGUUGUUCCACUGAGUGAAGAGGAAAUUAAAAAGGCAGACGAAUGCAAACAGCGAACCCUGAAUAUCUUCAAUGACGCUCUAAAGAAGAAGGACGCACUCCUGUUGGAUAAUCAUGUUGAGUUCAGUGAUCAGGAAAAGCCUGAUGGCUUCCCUAUAAUCGGCACAGAGCUUGUGAAAGACCUGAUCGGCCAACUCCAGAACGUUACAUUUAGGAGAGGGAGAUACCAAAGGAUGAAUGCUUAUGUGCGUCCAACUGAUGGAGAUAGAAUUGUAUAUCUGUGUCCGCAGUUUUGGCAACAGCAUGAGUUCCUGCAACUCAACUCUCGUCCAGGCACCCUCAUCCAUAAAACCUCACUGUUACUUGGGUAUAAGGAUGCCAUUGAGGAGAAUACAGAAAAAGUUAAAAAGUCUCAACAACACAAGCUGUGCCCUAUUUCAGCACUUCUCAUUCAGAUAGCAUUUUCAUUUUUUAUGAAUCAUCAGGGGUCUUACAUUUUUGGCUUCUAUUCCUGCUGUGGGGAGACAUCUAGGGAUACAGUGUGUGAGAAAUCCAUAAUGAGUUCUAUAUUAAGGAUUCUAUAUAUCAGCAAAGCCUCUCUUUUAAGCAAAGAAGAAGGUAAAAUGGCUAAUGAGGCUAAACAACGAGCCCUGAAUAUCCUCAAUGAUGCUUUGAAGAAGAAGGACAGCCUGCUGGUAGAUGAUCCAGAAGAGUUUAGUAAAGAAAAGAAGUUGGUGUUGUUUCCACUAAUCGGCACAGAUCUGGUGAAAGAUUUGAUCGGUGAACUCCAAAAGGUGACAUUUAAGAGGAACAAAGAUCCAGAAAAUGAAACAAAAAUGGUGGCCUAUGUGAAUAAAAUUGCUGGAGAUAGAACUGUGUAUCUGUCUAUAAACUUUUUUGAGCAGUCUGAAUUCCUACAGAUCAAUUCCCGACCAGAGACCCUCAUCCAUGAGGUCUCCCAUUUCUUGGGUUACGGACACACAAUUAGGGAAAAUGAAGAAAAAUUGAAAACAUCUCCACAGCAUAAACUAUGCCCCAUUUCAGUUAACAAAAUUGAAACAGCACUUUCAUUUCUUAUGAAUCAUAGUGCGACUUACACCGAUGGCUCGUAUUCCUGCUGUGGGGAGACAUCCCGGGACACUCUCUGUGAGAAAUCAAUCAUGACACAAAGAUUAAGGAAGAUGAGAGAGAUAUUGCACCGUACUGGAGAGCCACUGGAUCUUCCUGAAGUACCGCAAAACCUAAAUGAAAUAAGUGACUUCAACAGACUGGGUUGCUUAGGGAUGAUGUUGUUGCUGGAAGAGAUAAGCCUGUUAUCCAUUAUGGAAGAUUUCUUGGAGAAACUCAACAGCAUCACAACCCGGCCACAGGUGGGCGCUGUUCCGGACGCUUCUUUGAUCGCACUUCCAAGUGCAGAGUGAACAUGUCAGAGACUGGGCAAAAUAGGACGUGGAUGCCUGAAACUCAAAAACACCUACAAGAAAGAACGGUUUUGUUUGUGAACCUCUGCUACACACACUGCUCAACUAAAAGAGCAACUAAAAAACUCUCCGAGCUCCUUAUGAAGCUGAGAACAGAGGGUAUGUGAUCACUUGCAGUGGCCAGCCGCCAACAAACUGAAAAAAAA